AUGAGGACCCAUCUGCUGUGGUUGCUGCCUCUGCUGCUGCUGGCACGGCCAGCCCGGAUGCUGACAUGCCAUGACUGUAUGGCUAUGAGGAACUGCUUCCAGCCCACGUCUUGCCCAAAUGGCACACGCUACUGCCUGACCACGUGGAACAGUCUCCCCAGCCAGAAAACGCUGGUGAUAAAGUCGUGUGCUUACACCUGCCCUGGCUAUCAGGAGAGCUUGUCUCAGUCCAGGGCCUCCUGCUGCAACACUGAUGUCUGCAAUGGGUCAGCGCACCACAGUGGCUUCUGGGGGCUGCUGGCCCUCAGCCUCGGGGUCGCCAUCCUCUGCACGUAG